GCGCGGCCGCGGUAACGGCGCGGGCGGAGGCCGUAACGGGGCGGUAACAGCGGCGCAGGGGAGGCCGAGCGCGGAGCCCGCGGAGGGCCAGCGGAAGAAGCGGGCAGGGGCCCGGGGGGCGAGCGCGGAGACCGCGGAGGUGGCUGAAAGAAAUUUAUCACAUAAAAGAAAUGAUUGAGUCAGUCAAAUUAAGAAGGCAGUGCAUGCUGGAUUUCUACUCACAUUAUGAACAUCUUUGUGAACUUCAAGGCUCUGUCCCACUGAAAGCUGUGAAGGCUAACCUGACUCAGAAUGCUAUUGAUCUAAUUGUAGAUCACAUCAAAGCUACUGACUGGGCACCACUUCUGAAUGCUAUCAGGCAUAAUAAGACUCUGACUUCUAUUGGAAUAAGAUGUUUACAUCAACACGGUCUUGAAGAAUCAGGUGUUGAAAGAUAUAAAACUUACUUUAGAAGGAGAACUCCAGCAACUCUGUCAAAAGACUUAACUGGCCAACUAUGCAAAGCUGUGAAAGGCUGUCUUAGUAUAUCAGAUGUACUAAAAAAUUUAGAACUGCAGGGUUUGCUUCUGAGGGAAAGGGAUCUAACACUUUUAACAAAGGGCUUGGCCACAGCUUCAUCUCUGGAGAGUGUCUCUUUAGCCCACUGUCCAAUUGGAGAUGGAGGGUUGGAAACAAUCUGUCAGAGUAUAAAGAAUGCAGCUACUAUCAGAUCUGUAAACUUCACGGCAUGUAGCCUCACAUGGCGAGGGGCUGAACAUAUAGCAAAUGUAUUAAAGCACCAGGCAAUGAGAAGACAUGGUGAAGCUUGGGCUGAAAGCCUGCGUUACAGGAGACCUGAUCUUGAAUAUAUGACAGGCUUGAGACGGGUUACUUUGAACUGCAACAUGCUUGUUGGAGAUAGAGGAGCAAGUGCCUUUGCAGACUGUCUAGGAGAGGACCUUUGGCUGAAAGCACUUGAUUUGCAGCAGUGUGGAAUAUCCAAUGAGGGAGCAAGAUCAUUAUUAGAUGCUCUUCAAACUAAUACAACAUUAGUGGUACUUGACAUAAGAAAAAAUCCAUUAAUAGGUCACAUUCUGAUGAAAAACAUUAUUGAAAGAGUUCUUAAGAACGGAAAUAGUGCUAAUUCAGAGUAUAAGUGGCUGACAUCUCCAUCUUCCAAAGAUGCUUUGAAAAAUAGACCAAAGAAAAGAACUAUUGUCCUAGGAAGUGGUCGAAAAGGAAAAGCUACUAUUCGUAUUGUUAUCUGGAAACAGAGAGGACUAUUGUCUAAAAAAUCGGUAAGUCCUGGGAAAAAAACUACAUCUGUGAAAGAGAGUUACUCACCAAAACCACUACCACCAGGCACAAAAGGCUUCCUUCCUUGGCGGACUGCAGAACGUGCAAAGAGAUGCAGAAUCCUGUAUUUGGAAGUGAAUGUAGCAAUCGUGACAUUACAAACAUACUAUCUCAGAAGUGUUUUGUUGGUUUUUUUCCCUAACUGUAGAGGUGGGGCUCUGGAUCGUACUGGAGAAUUGCCAGUGGAGAUUCAGACAGGUGUUCCUGUGAAAGUGACAGUAGAAAGUGCUUCUACAUUUGAUACUGAAGACACAGAAGAUUUAGAUGAUGUCAUCCACUAUCCUGAUCUGGCAAAAUCAAUUGAUAAGAUUAAUGUAACAGAGUAUCAACAAUUAGAGUUGGAGCUGGAAGAAUGCAUGUUAAAACUAAAGGAAGAACAAAUAGCUAGAGAGAAGGCAGAGGAACGAGUAACAGAGCUGGAAAUUGAAAAUGCAAGAUUAAGGAAUCUAAAUAUCUCCCUAUCCGAGGUUCUUCAGGCACAGUCAGUAACCAGCACGAUUUUGGAAGAUGAAGGUGUUCUAGGCAGCAUUGAGAACUCUUUUCAAAAGUUUCAUGCUUUUUUAGACCUCCUUAAAGAUGCUGGACUUGGACAACUUGCUGUAUUAGCUGGGAUAGACCAGUCAGAUUUUGGCCUUUUGGGACAUCCGCAAAUGAAUUCUACUCUCAGUAAGCCUGCUAACAUGGUAAAGGAGAAGUCUUUUGAAGAAGAAAGACAGGAACAUAACCAGAACAGCAAAUAUCUUCAUUGGAAUCUCUCAUUUCAGAACAGAAUAGGAGACAUCCAGCUGUCUCUUCCUGGUAUGUUUCAAUCCCAGAUGGUUAUGAAUAAUGCCUUUUCUGCACUUAGAGAAAUACAAGAACUUCAGACUGCUGGACAGCAGUACCAGCUAGGCUCAUGGAAGGAAACUGAAGCUCAAAGAAUUGACCAAAAUAAAGAGGAUAAGCCUCGCAGUAGUACACCAAUAUUCUCUGAGAGGAGAGUCAAACAAAAUGAACAAGCAAAAGGUCACUCAGCAAGGCAGUUGCAUUCAUUUGCUGAUUCCAGUGUACAUAUUAAAAGUGAUGACAGCAGAGUAUCCAGUGGUAUGUCUGUUGAAAAAAGCAAAAAUUCUUCCUCUAAGAAAUACAUCCCUAGAGCAAAUGAAACGGCAGCUUCAGCUACUGGAGCGAGAGGAAACCAAAGUACACUACAAGCAGUAAACAGCUCUGGAAGUGACACUUUAGGAUCUGGUUCUGAAAUACAAGAAAGUAUACAAAGUGUUACCAGCAUUUGAAAUGGUUCUAAAAUGUUUGGACUGUUCUUUACACUUGGAAUAUUAAUAAUAGAUUUUGGAUGUUUCAGUAUAGUUUGUGAAUUUUUUGUAAGGUAACGAAGACUUUGUGACUUUUUAAAACAUUGCAUGUUGUUUCAUGUUUGCAUUCCUUGUCAUGAGAUUUUGAAUUUUGGAAACAUGUGAUACACUUAAAAUGGUACCUGUCAGUUUGUACUACAUACAGAGGACUCCUGGCAUAUGGAUUUCAUUACCUACACUGAUCUUGGUGUAGAGUGUAAACUGUUUGGAGCCAAUAAAGUUAAUUUGAGUACA